AUGGACGUAAAAAAUGCCAAAAUCCCUCUACUUAGUCGUGCUGUUUUAGUAAUAAAUCAAUGUAAUAAUGUAAUAAUAGUUGCCGAAGCAAAACAUCGUGAAGCCCUUGAAAAAGAAGAGCAAAGAAUUGUUUCACAAAAUGAAUUGGGAAGUUACAUAUUUAACUUAGGAACUACAAUUCCUAACCAACUCAACGAUAUAAUUCAAGAUGCUAUUAUAUGGCUUGAAGGAACCAAGAAGCGAAUAAAAAGAAAUUAG